AUGGCCUCUUCUUCGACCACUCUCAUAACAAAGAUUGAUUCUACCUUUGUUGAUUAUAAAUUCCUAUUGGAAAAGUAUCCUUCUCCUCAUGUUAUUGCCGGCUAUGAUAAUGAUAGUCAAUGUUGGUGUUUCCAACAACGAUUCUACACCACUUUUCAGAAUCAAUUAAGAAUGUUGAUGGUUGAUGAGCAGGGUAGACAUUUGGUUGCAAAGGAAGGUGAGGAAACUUUAUUGGAAUUCAAUGAAUCCAUGGUUAUUGAUUGUAAAUCUUAUUCUGAUGAGAAUUUUGCAAAGAUCAAUCGACCAAAAGCUGGAGUGAAACAUUCACUUGCUGUGUAUUAUGUUCCGAGUAGAGAAAUCGAAAGACCAGCUGAAAAUGGAUCAACAACAAGGGCCAUCUAUCCAGAAAGCAUUCUAAUUGUUUAUCCUACAAGAAGAGUUCAAAAUUUGGUAGAGUGGUAUGUCAAUAAUGCAAGAAGUCCAAAACCUGGAAGAAAUUUAUAUGCCUACAAUGUCAAGGAAGAAUAUUGGAUGAGAAAGUAUCAAUAUAUUGAAUUGGAACAUGCUCGUCUUGAUAGUAAGGGAAAUUAUUUCGCUACCAUUCUUUUGAGUGGUGACGAUUCCUUAAUUGUCAGAGUUGACCUUUCCAAUAGAAUCGGCCAAGUUUCGCAUUUUGAAAGAACAAACAUUUAUACUUCAGUUUUAGCUGAAACUCAAAAUUUUUACAUUAUUGGAACUUCUCCUCCUUCCAUUCUUGGUUUAGAUGCCACUACUCUCCAAUUGAAGUGGACUGCAAACGUUACUGGAAGUGAAAUGAUUUUGGUCAACUCUGCAAAUAGCAAGGAUGAUGUCAUUUAUGCAGCUGAUUACAACAUUUUGCACAAAAUUCGUGUAAACGAUGGUCGGAUCAUAUCUUCAUUCAAAUUCCCACAUGAUAUUGAUAAUAUCGCAUAUGUGAGUGGUGUGAAUGGAUGGGUUUCGGUUACUUUAGCAAACGAUACUUCUAUUUCUGUAUCUUUCCUUAAUAUUGAAAACCAAAUUGAAACAAGACUUGAAGUGAUGAGUACUAGACAUAUGCCACAUGUUGAUUCUAAUUCAGCUUGUUCUUAUCCAAUUGCUACUGCCAAUCAAACUGGAAAUAUUUUGGAAAUUACGUCAAUUGUCAAGUGUGAAAUUACUUCAGGUUUUGGAGGCUCAGAAAAGAUUAUUGCAGUCAAAUCCAGAUUUGAUAAAAAUUCCUUAAAGCCAUUGCCAAACGAACCAAACUUGAUUUGGUCAACUGACACUUCUGCCCUCGUAAUUGCCCAAAUUGACUCCAAGACCAUUCUAUCAAUGGAAUAUUCAGCAGAAAACAGCAUUUAUAUUCAAUACGAUAUUUCCACUGGUAAGAUCAUCAAAACAUCUCCCUCUCGCAUUUCAAGUGGUUAUGGUUUCCCAUAUCUCGUAACAAGUUCCAACAAUAAGGUCUAUAGAUAUGAAUUGACUCCACAUAUUGAUGUUGAAUCAGCUGAUUUGUAA